AUGGCCACCGUUCUAGAGGAGGAGCCGACAAACUCGACUAUGUGGUCGUUAUAUAAUGCUACUGAAGAUUUAGGUUCACUGCAGGCAGAAUACAAACUUUUGAAUGAUGCCCGUCUGCAUUCCCGUGAACCUUUAGCUUGUGUUUGGCUGACUAUUUUAGUGGCAGGUCUUUUCGGCAACGUGGCAUUUCUCUACGUGCGAGCCAGGGUCUCCUACAUGAAGACCGUGACAAAUUGCUACCUCAUGAAUCUCGGGUUGGCUGACAUCAUGUUUCUUGCCAUCAAUGUGCCUUUGGAAACCUGCGAUUUGUUCUACGAUGUUGCGUCACGAUUCCAGACUCUCUAUUGCGUUUUGAGCUCCGGAGUUACUCACCUAUCCAACUAUACGUCCAUGCUGACACUGGCGUUGAUAACCAUGGAAAGGUACUUCGCAAUAUGUAAACCGUUUCAAGCAGAAAGGCUGAGUAGUAAAUCGCGUGCACGACGCGUCAUAGCCAUCGCAUGGGCAGUGGCCCUCGCGUUUGCGGUCAUAUUUACAAUCUCCUGUUUUUCAAAAGGGGGACUAGGAAUGAACGCCAUAACGUUGAUUCUCCAAACUUUGCCGUUUAUUGUCUCAAUGUCGACUAUCACAGUUUUAAACGUUCUUAUUGUUGGACAAUUGUCAAACCGAAAUCACGCAGCCAUGUCAGCGCUAGAAUCGUCGGCUAGAGCGGAAAGGUUACAAGUUAUUAGGCUAUUAAUCGUAACUGAACUUCUGUUUUUUAUAUGCGUUUUCCCAUAUUAUUUGGUCGACUUCAUCUUUGGUGCCCAAGUGUUGUCUAAUACGUGUGUAGAGGACACACAGAAGGAGUUCUGCAUGUCUUUAACGCAGCUUUACGCUCUCAUGGUAUCGAUGAAGACAUCCAUGUACGUUAACGCCGCUAUCAAUCCCCUCAUUUAUAACGUUAUGAGUUCACGUUACAGGCAAGCCUUCCUGUUUGCUUUCAAGUGUAGAAAGCAACCAAUAUCCGAAUCAGUUAUGUAUGCUUCAACACAGCUUUAA